UGGCUACUUGUCAGUCGCCUUGGUGUAUUGAACUGGGAAGUGAAUGACAUUUCUGUCUGGAAUUUGGGACCAUGUAUUUCUUCAUUAUUUCUGUGGGGACCUGUGUCAGCAUCCUUCUGCUUCUCCUAUGGAACGGUAGGAGAGUAAAUCAAUGGAUGUCUGAGCUGAAGCGCCGGUGGAGUUUCAAGGCUUUGUCCAGGGAGAAACGCAGAAAGAACUUGGAUCAGGACACUUGUGAUGCUCAGGAGAUACAGGAGAAAAUCCUGCUGGAAUCCUUGGACAAGCAUCGAAACACAGAGUAUGGACUCAAGUACAGCUUCAGAGACGUAGAGGAUGUGUCCUCAUUUCAGAAGAAACAUCCCCUGACUCGGCAUAACGACUACACAGACUAUUUACAGCGCACAUCACAGGGAGAAGAAAACAUUCUGGUGCAGGGAAGGCCCUCUGUCCUAGUGGCAACUGCAGGGACUUCUGGGAACCAGACCGUCGUCCCCAUCAGUAAUGAGAGUGCAACUGAGCGCUUCAUUCAGGGAGAAGCUGUGUAUCUGGAAGUCAUUAACAAAGCUUUCCCUGGAGCUUUGGAAAAAGUGUUCAAGUUCACAUUUCCACCUAGUAUCCACCACUCUGAUGCUGGGAUUCCCAUUAUUCCAUAUCCAUCAACCUUAUCAGUGAAUUUUAUGAAGGACCUCUACUCUCCUGCAGUACCAGUCCAUCCCACCAUGUCGUAUCAUGAGAUACUUUACACUCAGCUUCUCUUCUCUCUCAGGGACCCGGACCUAAGUAUGCUUGAGACUCAUUUUUUCUGGUUCCUUCACUAUGUUUUCUCCACCUGCGAGGAUUGCUGGAAGUCUCUAGUUACUGAUAUUCAGAAAGGACGCCUCAGUUCACAAUGUAAGGUUCCUCUAGAAACCAGAAGGCAAAUAGAAGACAUGCUAGUCCCAGAUGCAUCACGAGCUGCAGAACUGCACUCUCAGUUCCAGAAGGGGUUUCAUGGCAUUGUGAGGAGGUUGUGGCCCAAGUUGCAGGUGAUUCUGGCCGUGGAAAGUGGAGGCAGUGACUUGGAUCGACAGAUUCUUCAGGACAGUGCGUGCCAGGGGAUUCCACUUUACUCUCCCACAUAUUGUGCAGCAGAAGGUCUCUGUGGAGUAAAUCUUUGGCCGAUGGAAGAAAUCCCUCAGUAUGUUCUGUGCCCCCGAUCUGUAUUUUUUGAGUUCAUACCUGUGGACAUGAGUGAGCAGGAGCAGCCAUCUACAUUGUGUAUACAAGACGUCAGUGCAGACAAAGCCUAUGAGUUGGUUAUAACGAACAGAGAUGGACUUUACAGGUACCGGCUUGGAGAUGUUCUACAAGUUACCGGCUUCAAUAAUCAGAGCCCUAUAGUGAAGUUCUUAUAUAGGAAGAGCCAGACACUGAAUGUUCGUGGGGAGCGUAUUUCAGAAUGCAGCUUCUAUAAGACUCUCCGCUGCACUGUGGAUAUGUGGCCCGGUGCCUCACUUCUCAACUACUGCUGCUUGGAGAGCGGAGUUCUGGGUCCAUUCUCUGGGGGUACUGACCCACACUAUGAGGUGUUUGUUGCCUUGAAGGGCGUGAGAAAUCUUUCUGAAGAUCAGAGAUAUAAGUUGGAUCAGACACUCCAGGAGCAUUUCCCAAUCUACAGAUCCUUCCGCUUUAAAGGCAGCAUUGGACCAGUACGUGUGCACUUGACAAGUCCAGCGUUAUUUCUCAAGCUUUUGGAGCUGGCAGCCAAACUUUCCAGUUUCCCUUUGGACUGCAUUCAACCUCCACGUUCACUAAAAUACAGAGAGAUGGCUGAAAUGAUAUGGAAACAAGUCCUGUCAUGAUCUUGUUUCCUUUUGUAAUCUACCAGCAGGCAAAAAUAACACUGUCAAAGGUUUAUGUGGAAAUGUCUUUAUUCAACAGAUAGGCCUGGGAUAUCUGGGGACAUCAUCACUCUUUGGGUUCUGAUGUAUGUGACCACAUUAAAGGGGUUGUCCAAGUUAUAUUUAUUGAUGA